AUGGAACGUUCACGGUCGAUUUCUUUCUGGUGUUCAAUUCGUGUUGCUGUUGCUUUUGUCGGAUUUCUUGGCAUGAUUGCACAUUAUUCACAAAAAAUUAGUGUUGGUAUUGCUCUUGUUUGUAUGGUCAAUCAUUCAGCUAUUGAUAAUCAAAAAUAUUCUGUUGCUAUGCCUCUUACACAAGCUGAUAUUGAUUGUCCACGCGCCAAUAAUACAGUUGAACUUGAAGGUCCAUAUCAAUGGUCAAAAAAUACUCAAGGUAUCAUCUUAGGAGGUUAUUUUUGGGGUUAUUUAAUUACUGAAAUACCUGGUGGUUAUUUGGCUGUUCGAUUUGGUGCUCGAUAUAUAUUUGGUAUAGCAAUGAUUGUUUCUGGUAUUGUUACUUUAUUAAUGCCAUGGGGUGCAAGUUUACAUUAUGCAGUACUUUGGUUCUUUCGAUUAAUCGUUGGUCUUGCACAUGGAGUUAUAUGGCCAUGUAUGACUGUAAUAAUGGCACAUUGGGCACCACCGGAUGAAAGAGGAAAACUUGUUGGUUUUAUGAAUGCUGGUGCACAAAUUGGAAAUGUACUAACAUUAUCUAUUGGUGGAUUAAUGUGUUCUUGGAAUUUUGUUGGUGGUUGGCCAUUAAUAUUUUAUUCAACAGGUAUUAUUGGUCUUAUCUGGGGUAUUUUUUGGCUUUUAUUUUAUACUGAUUCACCACGUGAUCAACGUUGUAUUAGUAAUGAAGAAAAAGAAUAUAUUCUUGAUAGUACUCAACAACAAUUAUCUAGUCAUAGUAAAAAUGAAUUUGAAGCUCCAUGGAAAGCUAUGUUAACUUCACCUGCUUGCUGGGGACUUUUCAUUAUUCAUACAUGUAAUAAUUGGGGAACAUAUACAUUUCUCACAUCAAUUCCAAAAUAUAUGGCUGAAGUAUUAAGAUUUGAUAUUAAAUCUAAUGGUUUACUUUCAUCAUUACCUUAUAUGAUAUUUUGGCUUAAUAUAAAUAUAUCUGGUGUUAUAGCUGAUAUGUUUAUUCGAAAGAAAAUUUUAACAAGAACACAAACAAGAAAAGUAUUUAAUGUAUUAGGAAAUUUAUUUCCAGCCAUAUUUGUUAUUGGUUUAGCAUUUAUGACAUGUAAACUCAAAUAUUGGGCAGUUGCUUUAUUAACAACUGGUGUUACUUUUACUGGUUGCUGCUAUGGUGGAGGUUUUAUGUUAACUGCAAAUGAUAUUGCUCCAGCUUAUGCAGGAAUUGUCUUUGGUAUAUCAAAUACAUUUGCUACUAUACCUGGUAUUAUUAGUCCAUAUAUUGUUGGUGCUCUUACAGAGAAAGAUCCUAAUAAUUGGCGUAUUGUUUUUUUUAUUUGUGCAACAAUAUAUAUUAUUGGUAUGGUUGUUUUUCUACUGAUUGGAUCAGGUGAAGUUCAACCAUGGGCUACAAAACAACCAAGUGAACCAGUUGUACCUGAACAAGCUCUUUUAUCAGAAUCUAGUGCAAUUUCAUCAUCGAAACAUUUAAGUGAACAGUAA